AUGAGCAGUUCAGAGGAAGUUUCGUGGAUAACUUGGUUUUGUGGUCUUCGUGGUAAUGAAUUCUUUUGUGAGGUGGACGAAGAGUACAUACAAGACAAAUUCAAUUUAACCGGACUCAACGAACAGGUCCCUCAUUAUAGACAGGCGUUAGAUAUGAUUCUUGAUCUUGAGCCAGAUGAUGAUUUCGAAGAAAAUCCGAAUCAGUCUGAUCUAGUUGAGCAAGCGGCAGAAAUGUUAUAUGGGCUUAUCCACGCUCGGUAUAUCCUGACAAAUCGCGGGAUCCAACAGAUGCUUGAAAAGUGGCGUGAAGGUGAUUUUGGAGUUUGCCCACGGGUUUACUGUGAAAAUCAGCCAAUGCUUCCAAUAGGCCUCUCUGAUAUUCCUGGUGAGUCAAUGGUUAAAUUAUAUUGCCCACGUUGCUGUGAUGUUUACGUACCAAAGUCGUCCAAACAUCAGAAUACUGAUGGCUCCUAUUUUGGCACCGGUUUCCCUCACAUGUUGUUUUUCGUGCAUCCCGAGGAACGUCCAAUCCGCCCUCCCGCUAAAUUUGUACCUAGGUCUUUAAUUAAACCAUUUUCUUUUUUUGAUUUGUAG